GAUCCAAGGCUGGAGAAUUUAAAGCCAGCAAAGGAUGGUUUGAUAAAUGUAGAAAGCUAUUUGGCUUUAAAAAUGCCAAGACAUCGGGAGAAGCAUCUUCUGGCAACAAGAGGCAGCAGAUGAAUUCCCAGAUGCAUUAAGAAAAUCACUGAGGAAAAAGGAUAUCCAUGAGAAACAGGAAAAUCUAAAAGCUGCACAGCAAGAACUGUUGGAGAUGUUUUUUGUGUCAUCGUCCUCAUCGCCUAUGUGUCCAUCACAUAGAACAUCGUGGGCAAGACCUGUACUGAAGAGGACAGCCUGUCCUUACGUAGGCAUAAGGGAUAUCAUCAGCAUUGAGAAGACUGGAGAGAAUUUCCAUCUGAUCUGUGACACCAAGGGUCGUUUUGCCAUUCAUCGUAUUACACCUGAGGAGGCCAAGUACAAGUUAAUGCAAAGUGAGAAGGAUGUUUGUGGGCACAAAAGGAAUCCCUCACCUGGUCACCCAUACCAUCCUUACCCUGAUCCCCUCAUCAAGGUGAAUGACACCAUUCAAAUUGAUUUGGAGACUGGCAAGAUGACUGAUUUCAUCAAAUUUGAUACUGGUACCAUGUGCAUGGUGACUGGAGGUGCUAACCUGGGAAGAAUUGGUGAGAUCACCAACAGGGAGAGACAUCCUGGUUCUUUCGAUGUAGUCCAUGUGAAAGAUGCCAAUGGCAACAGCUUCACCACCCAGCUCUCCAACAUUUUCGUUAUCGGCAAAGGCAACAAACCAUGGAUCUCUCUUCCCCGUGAAAGGGUAUCCGCCUUACCAUUGCUGAGGAGAGAGACAAGAGACUGGCAGCCAAAUAGAGCAGUGGAUAAAAUGAUCUGUAGGUGACGUGAUUGGAAAAGUCUUUAUACUUAAUUAAUGAAAGAUUAUUGCAUUAUGGAGUUCCUGUCAUGGCUCAGUGUUUAACGAAUCCGAAUAGGAACCAUGAGGUCGCAGGUUUGAUCCCUGGCUUCUCUCAGUAGGUUAAGGAUCCAACGUUGCCUUGAGCUGUGGUGUAGGUCGCAGACUUGGAUCGGAUCUGGUGCUGCUGUGGCUGUGGUGUAGUCUGGUGGCUAUAGCUCCAACUGAACCUCCACAUGCCAUAGGUGCAGCCCUAGAAAAGGCAAAAAGACAAAAAAGAAAAAAAAUUACUACAUUAAAAAAAUGUAAGUAUAUGGCAUAUUAAAUAACUAUGUUUUUACAUUAGAAUAAUUUAGAGUUGGGUAAAAAAGGAAGGAUUUAAUGGGGACUUAGAAAGAAAACUGAUGGGGACUUAGAAAAAUAUUCUUCAGGUUUGUCACUUGUGGAAACAACUUCGUUUACUACCUAAUUGAUUUGUACACCCAACAUCUAGAUUUUGGAUUCUACUAAGCUCCUUUAAAAAAAAAAAAAAGUCUUUUUAAAGUAUAACCAAUUCCAGGAAUUCCCAUUGUGGCUCUU